AUGCUGGACUUCAAGAAAUUUGAAGUCGACAAGGUCGACGAACACACCUUCGCUCACAUCUUCGACCACAUUACGAAAAGUACAUCCGUGAAGACUGUCUCCAGCUACCUUCCGCUCCUUACUAUUCCACCGACGUCUCAAGUUGACUCGCCAAAUUCGGUCAUCGUCGCAAUCCAAUGUCCCAAGCCGCUCGUCAAAUUUACGAGCAUAUCUUCUACCGAUUGUCACUGGCGUUAUACGACUUUCUCCGCCCGUACACAGAUGUCCUCUCUGAGAGACCAAGCGGUCGAUAUUGCCUUCGACUUACUUUACUAUCACUCCGGUAAACUAUUAUCCAACAGAACUCUCGUCUCUUUGUCACCCUCGACGCUUCCUUACCUCUUUGAACUAUGGAUCGAAGGCCUCGAGAAACUGCAGCCGGAAUGGCUUCCAAUCAGCCUGACGAUGCGCAAACUACAUGAUUGAUAAGAACCUUAUGGCGCCGUUCUGUGAGCUCCUUGCUCCAAUACUACAUGAACGACUAAGGGGCUGCCUCACUGUUCUCGCCAAGAUGGCCCACAAUUCGAAAUUGCUGGCUUCGCCCUCAUCCGGCUUAGUGUCCUCAGCAAAGAAAUGUGUGGCCACUUGGUGAAGUCAAACCUUUCCUCGAUGGUCUUUUGUUUGGAUUACACGCGACCUUAUGUGGGGCAUGAUAUAAUAUGAGC